CAGAGACACGCUUCGAACAUACAUUCAAAUUAUAAUACUCAGAGUAUCCUCACUAAGAAUAUAUACUACAACCGAUUUAGUCGCGAUUCGCUAACGGAGUCUGUGAUAUUUUUGAACAAAACAAAAAAGAACUUCUAAACUGAGAAAUUUUGCGAUUGUGUCGCAUUGUCAACAUAUAUUUUGCCGAUAAUCAAAAACGUUGUUUAUUAACAAUAUUCUUAUAGAAUAGAACAAAGUUGAAUGUGCGAUCCUAGUGUAUUUCGACAGUGCUAUUAAUUAUUGUGUAUUAAUACAUAUGAAAGAAUCAGCUGUGCUUUUGAUAGAGUGUUAUUGUGUACGGUUGGUCAUUAUUUUUGGUGAUAUUUAUAUUUGGAUACUUGUUUGAUACACAUUAUGGUACGAUAAACAUUGCAUGCGCACAUAACACACAGCGGAUGCGUAACAAUAACAUCUGGGCAUUGAAGUGCUGUUCAACAUGGAAAUCAAAAAAUCUCGGAACAAAAUACCACCAGAUGGCGGCUGGGGUUGGAUGAUCGUUUUUGCCCAAGCGUUGAGUAGUAUGGUUUCUCUUCCGAUACUCACCGCUUUCGGAUUAAUAUUUAAAGAUAAAUUGUCGGGAAUGGGAAUGCCUGUUAAAGAUAUUUCGACGAUUACAAGUACCAAUUCAGCAUGUAGCAUGCUUAUAGGCGUAGUAAAUGGACCGCUGUUAAAAAAUUUUGGUUACAGAAAAGUUGCUUUAACGGCUGGUUUAAUGUUCACAACGGGAAUCGCCUUGACUGCAUUUGCAAAUAAUUUUUGCCAAUUUAUUCUAAGUUACAGUAUUUUAACGGCCUCAGGAUUUGGUCUUAUUAAUUCAUCAUUUUCAUUAGCGCUAAACACAUAUUUUCGUAAGAAACGUAGCAGAGCUGCUGGUACAUCUGUAACAAUUACCGGAUUGGGCCCAGUAUUAUAUCCACCGUUAAUAACAGUCUUGUUAAGCUACUACGGAGUACAAGACUGUGUUCUCAUUUUGGCAUGUCUUAGUUUACAUGUUGUAGUAGCUGCACUCCUUCUGCAACCGAUCAAAUAUCAUCUGAUUCACCAGCCGACUGACGAGGAGUUGGCAGGUUUAAAUGAUACCUCAAAUGCUCCAACUGAAGCUGCAACAUUAAAACCAAAUGGAAUUGAUAGUAAUAUCACUGUAGGACAGACUUUGGCACCAAUACCAAACGCAAUCGAAAAUAAUUCGAUGACGGACAAAAUGAACGAACUGGAGCGUUACCGGUUUUUUGGAUUCGACAAUUCGAUGGAUAGGCCGAAUGAGUUGAGGAAUGGUACGAGUUAUACAAAGGACGAUACUGAUCCGAAAUUGGCGACGAGUCUCAAAAAUGUGUCACCCGAAGACGAAACCCAGCCGCCACCGAAAACAUCAAUGCUGUCAGGCGUAGUGCGUAUCUUCGACUUAGAUUUACUAAAAGACCUUCGAUUCAUAAACAUUAUUGCUGGUACGGCAAUAGCAACAUUUGCAGAGCUAAGUUUUGGUAACCUAAUACCAUUCAUACUCAGUGAUAUGACCUUCUCAAACAUUGAAAUUGCUACAUUUUUAUCAACGCAAUCAAUAGCUGACAUAGCUUCUCGCUUUUUAUCGCCAUUCAUUGGCGACUACUUAGCGAUUCCAACUCGAGUCAUGUACCUAGUUGGUUUGUCGUUGUUGAUCGUAUUUAGAACGAGUGUCUUACUUUGUGACAAUUUGACAAAACUACUUAUUAUUGCCGCCUGUAUUGGAGUUGCUAAAGGAAUAAGGACUGUGUACAUAAUUCUUGUGAUCCCAAAUUAUGUGACGAUCAAUAAGUUGGCUUCAGCUCUAGGUAUUCGAAUGGUAUCGAACGGUCUAGUGGUAUUGUGUUUGGGACCGUUAGUCGGUUGGAUUCGAGAUUUUACCGGCAGUUAUGUUAUCUGCAUUGUUUUUAUGAAUUGCCUUACUUUAACGUGUAUCAUCAUGUGGGGUACAGAGAUAUUGUAUUAUAGGUUUAAAUAUAAGCCCAGUAAAAAAGUUUAGAUUUUUUUUAGUUUUAUUUUUACAAAAUA